AUGGCUUCGAUGUUCCGACCACCAGAGUCUAGGAGAACCAAUUCCAAGCCUCCAAAAUUGUCGUUACCACCGCAAUUGGUUUCCAAUAGUAAGCCAAUAACAGAUAUUAGGGAUGAAAAGCUUCGACAACCUCCUUCCAAAUCUGUACCGUCUAGUGCUACUCCGACUAGUAGUGCAUCGGCGAGUUCUGCACGGACUUUGAAAAAUCGACCAGUACCUCCACCGACAGCAUCAUCAGUGACACCGCUAUCCAGUACUAACUCUGGAAGUGCGAUGGGAUCACUUUCGAACAAAUUGCACGGGCUGAAGAUCAAUACGGACCAUCUGCCAACGUCUGGAUCACAGCAGUCAACCCAAAGUGCAGAUUCGAUGACUUCCAAUCUAAUAUCCAUGUACGAUAGCGAACCAACAACAAGCAGCAGCACAAGCCUGGUAAACCAUGGGAAAGAAAGUGAAAUUAUAGAGCACGAUAGAGAUGAUAGCACAGAUGAACUUGAGUCAGAUAUAUGGCAAACUUACAAGAUCCAUGAACAAAUUGAUACGUUGGGAAUAUUGGGCGAAGGAACUGGAGGAUCGGUCACGAAAUGUAAGUUAAGGAACGGUUCAAAAAUAUUUGCAUUGAAGACCAUUGCCACGAUAGAGAAUGAUGGCUCAGAGAAACAAAUAUUCAGAGAAUUGCAAUUCAACAAGAGUUGUAAGUCUGAUUUCAUAGUGAGGUAUUACGGGAUGUUUGCAUGCGAAGAAACCUCGACAAUUUUUAUUGCGAUGGAAUAUAUGGGCGGAAGAUCGCUAGAUUCGGUGUACAAGCACCUUCUCUCUAAGGGGGGACGAAUUGGUGAGAAGGUUCUGGGGAAGAUAGCUGAGAGCGUACUUAGAGGACUAUUUUAUCUACACGAAAGAAAGAUCAUUCAUAGAGAUAUUAAGCCACAGAACAUAUUGUUCAACGAAAUAGGACAAAUAAAGCUCUGCGAUUUUGGAGUCAGUGGAGAGGCAGUGAACUCUCUUGCCACCACGUUUACAGGAACAUCAUACUACAUGGCUCCAGAAAGGAUACAGGGCCAGCCAUACAGUGUUACCAGUGAUGUAUGGUCUUUGGGUCUCACACUAUUGGAAGUUGCACAGGGACACUCACCAUUUGAUACGGAUAAACUAGCAGCAAACAUGCCCCCUAUAGAACUUUUGAUGCUUAUCUUGACUUUCACACCUGAAUUGAAAGAUGAACCAGAACAAGGCAUAGUAUGGUCCAAAUCCUUCAAAUCGUUCCUUGAUUACAGUCUGAAAAAAGAUUCAAAGGAUAGACCAUCUCCAAGACAAAUGCUACAACACCCCUGGAUGGUGGGACAAACCAAGAAACACGUUAACAUGAAGAAGUUUAUUCAAACUUGUUGGGCGGAUUGA